CAUGGGGGAGCAGUACCCGCACACGUACGCCGGCGGCGGCGGCGAGGCGGCGGCCGCGGAGCAGGCGAGCGUGCCGGAGCGGCGGUACCGCGGCGUGAGGCAGAGGCCGUGGGGCAAGUGGGCCGCAGAGAUCCGCGACCCGCACAAGGCCGCCCGCGUGUGGCUCGGCACCUUCGAGACCGCCGAGGCCGCCGCGCGCGCCUACGACGAGGCCGCGCUCCGCUUCCGCGGCAGCCGCGCCAAGCUCAACUUCCCCGAGGACGCGCGCCUCACCGCCCCGGCACCCACCGCGAGCGCAGCGCCGACGAUGGCCUCCUCGGCGGCCGCCUACCCCGCCAGCGCCGUCUCGGACUACUUGCAGUACCAGAUGCUUCUGCGCGCAGGGGGUGGCGGGUUCCCGCCGUACUACGGCGGCGGCGGCGGCGGCGGCAUCAGUGGCUCCUCUUCGGGGUCCUACUCGUUCCCGGAGUCCUCUGUGACGGUGGCCUCCGUGCCGUCCUCUGCGUCCUCUGCUUCGGGUUACGGCGGCGCGGCGGCGGAGCACGGCGACGCGGCGCAGUGGGCAUGGCCCGCGGAGACUGCAUGGACCUACCCGGCGACCACGGGCUCAUGGUCCGGUUCGAACCAGUAUCCGCCGCCACCUCAAUAGUGGUCCGUUUCUUGUUUACUUUUCUGCUUGAAGAAAAGAGUUGCUGUGACACUGGGAGAGCUAGCUCAGACGUGCGCCGAUGGUGUGAUGCCGUGCCGUUCAAAACUUGAACAUGCGCGCGUGCUGGAAGCCAGAGCACGCCACACCGCAGCACUGUAAUGUUCAUGUUCGUUCUUUCGCUUUGUUGAUGUUGAAAAUCAGGUUUCCCUUUUCCUUUUAAAUGAAGACGAAGGAAGGUUUGGUUUUAGACCAGCAUCUCCUCGCUUUUUUGUCGCUACGCUGAUCUGAUAAUAUCCUGGCAUAGACCUUUUUCAAAGAAAAAUAAAGAAAGGUUAUUCACA